AAGGGCGGAGGCAUCCUUACAUCUCCUAGCUUAAACUGUGACUUAAUUUUGGCUCUAUAUAGAUCUCAAAAGAUAGCUGGAGGUUUGUAGGAUGCACUAUGUACAGGUAUUGAGUCUUUGAUCCUGCUUCUUUAAGGAUAGCACGUAGGGCGGGCUUCUGAUUAGUAAAUCUUAUAAAAUGCACCUAGUAGCAGCGAUAUUAGGCAAGUAGCAGGGGGGCAUAUACUUGGGAUACUUAUCAAACGCACCUAGCAGCGGUGCUAUAGAGCAGCAGCAGAGUAGCUUAAUAAUGAUAUAUUAGCGUUAGAAUACCAUUUUAUGAACUUAGAAAGGCAGUUAACGGAAUUCACCUCCGGCUGUUAAUGGAAUGGACUAGUGAAGCGACGUCUGGUGCCAUCUGCUGUCUAGUGAUUUUGAUCUUAGCGAGUCUGCUGUGCCAUUUUUCGCCACCUAUUAGCCAUCUCAUGACGAUUCAGGCUAAAUAAGGGCCUGCCUUCUGUCCUAAGGCUACCACUACACGCUUUGGCCUGUACAGAGUAGUCCAUACCUUGAAGCCGAUAACAGCACAAGUGGGGCGUCCAAAACGCCACAAUGCAUGAGGGAAUACAUUAACAUGGCGGAGAGCGUAUUCGCAUUCCAUUUUCAUCAGCACCGAUCGGGUUUGCCACCAUCCUCUUACUCCGUGGCCGUGUUGAAGCAUCCUUUGACAAGGCCUUAGCGCUUGGCAUCCUUGUGUCUCCCCAAAGUUUGCCACCGAGAUAUCAGUUACGCGCGAGUUGCGCGAGCUGCGCGGCUGACGGAUGGGCGGGUCUGGAGCUGCUCCUUAGACAUUGCUUACAUGGCAUCGUCGGUGUCAUCUCUUUGUUGGCUCGAGGCCGCCAAAAGACUAACGUCCCGUCCCGCCACCGAGAGACAUGCAAUGCACAACCAGGCCUAUCACGCUGACCAUGCCGUAAGCACUCUUUAUCGGGCCUUCUGCACCUCUCCAGCCAUAAGGCUGUGCUUUUUUAUGGGUUUCCCAGCAUAAUCAGAGGGAUUUAAUUCCACGGCCAAUGCUUGAUUCCCAUGCCGUACUGUCUGAGCCGGCUGUUGCCUGCCAUACGGUCUCUUUGCCGUUGAGAUUCUCAUGCGGGAAGCAAUUCGCUGACACAUACCGGGAGCACGAGACUGGUAGAAAAUUGGAAAUGCAGGAACAAGGAACGGUCAUCAAGCUUGACCGAAGGCAAGGCUGUUGAAGCGAUUGGAGAGCAGGUCUUGUGCGUUUCUCUAACACGAGAUUUCGGAUUCUUGUGAGCAUCAAAACACACCGGGUAAAUGAGAUGUCAACUCGACAUUCAAAAGCAGCGGAUUCAGCAAUUAGCCGGGCCUACGGAGUUUCCUGUAGGACCGAGGGGAUAAGGGUAUUUCUUGGAACUUGGCCACUUUCGAGACGCCAUUGUCCUGUGCAUACUGGAUCAACAGUACGAUGGUUGUGAUAUGCAGGAUCACGACGCGGACUUGCUGUGGUGCUGAGGCUGGGCACUGGGCGUACCAGCUUCCCCAACAACGUACAACCACAGCCAAUUGCGUUUGACGCCGAAGGAAGGAUGAAGGUUUAAACUUCAACAUUCAGAAGGAUCAGCUUCAGCUCGCUGCUAGUGCACUGUCGGAGGCCUAGAAUCGUCAUUUCCGAUCUCCUUUUUCAUGGAUAUUGUUAUUGGGGAUAGGGAAAGUGUCGUCGAGCCUAGCCUUGCUGCCCUCACAGCCUCCCCACACCUCAGGUUCCCCCACCUCAGCGUCAUCAUGUCACUCAACACCACCAUCGGAACGCCCAACAAGUGGGAUGCAGACCUGGUUUGGCCGUCCGGUCAAGCCAUUCAGUCGCUUUAAUUACGUGGGCGUCGUUUCAAGGUUUGAUAUCGAAGGAUUUCUAAUACCAGCCGCCGGACGCGGCGCAGCCUUGCGCUGCCUUUCAGAGACCAGAUCAGAUAUGCUGGUCCAGGCAGCUAUGGGGUGAUUCAGAGCUUUGAUUAAAUAAAUACCUUCUGCAUCCCCUCAUUUCUUUUAAUUUGCCCCCCUCAGUUGCUAUCCAACCAUUACUAGCUACUAACCUCUCGCCAAAUCAACCCGAGCCUGUUCGAGGACAGCAAAUCACCACAUCGUUGAAGCUCCAAGUCUAGCCUUGCAGCAUAAGGCACCCCAGUCCAAAUACCGGCACAGGAUCUGAGCCUGUUCAUCCAUUCUAUCCGCCAGCGGCUUCGACUUCAAAUAUGUCGGGAUACGACAGCGACGAGUCAAUGGGACGACCAAGACUUCUCACGCCGGGUCUGAGUGAGACUCACUCGAUGCAGGGUUCUGGGUGCAGCUCCGAAGACCGAAACUCUAGCCCAGAGCGAAGCCCGAAACGGAGAUGUACAUAUAACCCAUAUGAUCCACGGCUCAACGGCGAUGGCAACCAUAUGGCGUCUGCUGCCAGUCCUCCGGGGCACCCAACAGCUUUCGUCUUCAUCCCUUGCUCCCCAGUUAGAAGCUGGACUACACCAAUCCCUAGCUCGCUUCGUUCAACUGUGCCGAGUCCUGGCUUACCUUGUUCGACCAUACCGUCUUUCGGCAUGCCUUGUUCGACCUUACCGUCUUCUGGCAUGCAUUGUUCGACCAUACCGUCUUCUGGCGCGCCUUGUUCGACCAUACCGACUCCAGGGUCACCCCGUUCAUUCGGCCAGAGCCGUGAGUUCCUGCCUUUGAUACUUUCGGGGGGGCUCCUCUACAACAGAGCUCGCAACCCAUAUCCAGUAUCGGCCAUGGCAUUGGCUGCAGAGCGUUACUCGCGUGUGCCUGCAUCCCCAAGGUUACGCAUCAUCGACUGGAGACUGAGGUUAAAUUCGUGGCCAGAGGCGUCCAGGAGCCAGGCGGAUGCGGAGAUGGAUACGUGCGAAGCGGCGUUGAGGAGAUCGAGUACCUGGUAGCAUUUCGGCUUGGUCGCUGUGGUCAAAUAUUGCCCAACAGUAAAGUCGGGAGUAUCACAACCGUUUCUCUUGACAUGCUAGUCAAAAGAUCCACGCCGGCAUCUACAUGGAUGAAGCGCAUGAGGCAUGGUUGCUGAAGCUUGUCUCUUACAUUCGUUUUCUUUUUCUUGUCAAAGGAUGCACGCCGCCAUCAAUAGAGAUGGGGCACGGCGCAGGGUUGCCAGAAGAUCGUCUCUCUCACUCGUUCUCCUUUCCGGUAAAGAUGAUGCCUUUGGUGUCCUCCAUUAUCUAGGCACACGAGUCAGGAUUGUUAGAAGCUCGUCUCUCACACUCGUUAUUUUUUCUUGUGAAGAUAAAGCGAUUUGCAUCCCUUGCUACUCAGGGCACAUGAGUCAGAAUUGUUGGAAGCCUCUUUCUUUUAGUCGUUAUCUGUUGCUCAAGACACAUGAGUCUGGACAGGAAGCUUCUUUCUUUCAGUCGUUAUCUUUUCUGGCGAAGAGGAAGCUCUAGGCGGCCUCUAUUACCUGUCAUACCAUAACAUUCGUUUCUAUAUUUAUUCCUCCGUUGGCCUUAGGCUUGAUCUGAGCAUUUUCUGGUGUCAAGGGGUAUUGUUGUUUUCAGAUAACCACUUGGUUGUUCUCAAAAAGUGUUUUAUAAAUCAUGUCACGUGGUUAGUGUCACGUGGUUAUGAGAUGGUGAAUCUGAAAGGCGACUAUGGAUGGGUUGGGCUGCUAGAAACGUCUUAAAAAGUAUUGUGGUAGAAUAUCAGCGAUUAAAAAGUCUAUCUGCAUAUCAAGUGACACAGAGCCUCUUUCAAAGCGAAAAAAGCUAGAAAGUACGGAGUACAAAGCGUGUGAUUCAAAAAGAAAUAAAAUAAAGUGAAUAAUCAUCAGGCUCUGUACCAUUUUCCAAAAAGUAGCCACGCACCAUCUCGUUGCCUGGUUUCGCCAACCUUGGGCCACAUUUCACCACUAACAAUCUGCACUGGCCAGCUCUCAUAAUCGCCCUGGAACUCUGUCGAAUGUAGAGGAUAGCGGCGACUAGCAACAAGAGUCAGUUCAUUUAAGCGAGGCUAGUAGGCUACGGUACCUAUCACCAAAGCUUGGGCUGCUUCUCCGUACCUUGAUCA